CCGGAGAGAGUCGCUGGGGCGACGCCGAGUCGCAGACCUGCCUCCAGCUCACCGCCGGCACAGUGCGCAGCGCAGUGGACUACUUUAUCUGCGGUGUGUACACACACACACACGCGAGCAGUCCUGUGUGCCGAGGACUUGGAUUGUUUUUCUUUUCUUUUUUAAAACUCUGGUUGUUUUCCUCUGUGGCGCCCCGGCGGACGGAACUUUACGCAGGGAAAACAGCAGGUGAGGCUACGAGGCUGCUGCCUGAGGGGACAACAUUAUCUCCCGUUUGAAUUGGAAACCGGUUUGUUUCCUCCUCCGGACUCCACUUGUUGAUGGGGCGCGAACAGGCUCGACCAGCCUCCGCAUCACGGAGAUACUCCUAUGCGUAAUUUGGAUACAGCCCCCCUGUCUGACGGCAGGGAGGAGGAAGUUUGAGGCGGCGGCGGAGGUUUCGAGGCAGAUGGUGGGGAUGUUUCGGUAACAGCCCCAUCGGCAUCAGAUCGUGUUACGCGGGCUGCUCGCCCAGGUGAGCAGCGGCAUGGGGAACCAGAUGGACAAGCUGUCGCAUUUAAGUUACGCAGAAGUUCCCACGGUGGACCCGAACGGCGUGGACGCGGAGGACGGCCCGCGGAUCGGCGUCUCGUACAUAUUCUCCAGCGACGACGACGAGCUGGAGGAGAGCUGCGCGGCCGACGGCGCGGACAGGGACCCGAAUCAGGAAGAGAAGCACUACGACCAGCGCGACGAGGUGGAGUGCGCCGUCUACAACAGGGACGAGUGCAUCUACGAGAAGAGCGCCAAGUCCGCCAGCCUGGAGGUGUACUCCCCGGAGAACCUGCUCAACAAAUGCAAAGCGGGGGACUUGGUGGAGUUCGUGGCCACGGGCCAGUACCCGCACUGGGCCGUGUACGUGGGGGACUUCCAGGUGGUGCACCUGCACAGAGCCGAGGUGAAAAACAGCUUCCUGACGGACGCGAGCCAGGGGAGGAGGUGCCGGAUCGUCAACGACUUUUACAAAUUCAAAGCCCUGGGCCCGGACAUGGUGGUGCAGAACGCGAUGGAGCAGGUGGGCUUGAAGGACCGGGAGCUGAGCUGGAGGAACUCCGAGUGCUUCGCCGCCUGGUGCAUGUUCGGCAAGAGGGAGUUCAAGAUGGGCGGGGAGAUACGGAUAGGCAAGCAGCCGUACAGGCUCAAGGUCUUCAUGUCGGACAAGCACUCGCACGUGCUGGAGUUUCAGAGUUUGGAGGACAUGAUCAUGGAGAAGAGGAGGAACGAUCACCUGGGCAGGGCGGCCGUGCUGCAGGAGCUGGCCACCCACUUCAGGAGCGUGGAGGAGAUGCGGAGCGAGCCAGGGGACUGACUCGUGGGUGCCCCGGUGGUGGUGGUGGUGGUGGUGGUGGUGGUGGGGUGCCCCCUGCAGAAACGAACUGCUUUGCAAAGUAGAGUAGCCUUUUACCAAACGACCUGCUUUUUGAAUCUAUAGCAAGCCUUCAUUCAUCCAGUCAGUCAGUGUAGUUGUCUGAUUCUCACAUGUUAUUGCCUUAAAGCCACAAUCCUCAGCAUCCUCUGAAGCUCAGUGGCCCCCUCAGCAAUCACCAUUCAAUUAUCUGAGACACUGGAUUGAGUCAGCUGACUGGCCCC